AUGGGAGGAUUUAAAACAUACUUGGAAACUAAGGAGGAGUGUGAAAAAGAUGUGGAUAUGAACAACAAAGAUACCAGAGUCUUGGAAGAUGGAUUUAUUAAUGUCGCAAUCUCUGCCAAAAAUGCUUUAGUAUUUGGUGCUGUCAGUGUAGAAGCACAGCGAUGGCGAAGAGAAACUUACUCUCCAACAUGUGAAGAAAUUGAAGUACUGGGAGAAGGCAACGUUGCCUGGACACCUGAUGAACUCUCAGCCAUCACUGCAGCAGAGUUUGAGAACUGUGCUGAAACAUUAGGUCUGAUUGAAAGCUUUGAUGAUGAUCAGUUAGAUGCUCUAUUGGACAAAGCUAUAGAGACAUGGGGAGAAGCUGGCGACAUGACAAGUACUGAGAUUCAACAGCUAGGUGUAGUCGCUACUAGAUUUACUGCUGAUGAAAUUAGUCAACUAAACCUUACUGAUAAUGAUGCUGUCUAUGCUAUUGCACAAUACAGCGGAUGGACGAGUCAACAGUUGGAAGCCGCUGCUGCUCGUUAUGUGGCAUUGAACGGUGGCAGCACAUCUGCGCUUACUGGUCAAGAUUUUAUUUCAUUGUCAAACUUCCUGUGCGGCUUUUCAGUAGACGAUAUAUCAACAUUAAGUGCUGAAGCCUAUGGUGAAGUGUCUUCUGUUGUUGGAAGUCUCAGCUGUAGUACAGAACAAUGGGCAGCUUUUAAAGGUCUAGCAUUCCAGGCCUUUGGGGAUUUAGAUGACUGGCAGCCAGAAAUCUUCAGUGAAAUUGGAUUUGUUGUUGCUGGUUUCACUACAACAGAAUUAAGUAGUCUUAGUAAUGCAUCCAUAGCUGCCAUUGCAGCAGAGGCCAUUGCUCUCAUCCCGGAAGAAACAUUUGCACUGGGUUUCAGUUCGGCACAGCUGUUGAUUUUUGACGAGGAUCAAGUGGGAGCCAUUACUGAUGCACAGCAAUCAGAGUUAUCAGAAUCGCAGAGAAGUGCGUUGUCAACAACAGGCUUUAUUGAUGAAGAUCAAAUGGAUAUAGGAGCAGCUGGCAAGCAGAGCUCAGCAACUGCCAUAAUGGUUUUCCAGCAAGUAUUAACGGUGGCGCUGUACAUGCAAUUCGCUUAAAGUACAAGGCAUUUGAGUAAAGAUGAAUAAAAUUGAUUGGAUUAACAGC